AGACUGCAGCCCCGUAGAAGCGCUUGCGCCUACUCCGUGUUAAUUACCGUGCCGCGCGUGCGUUGUUCCAUGCUUUUUUUCAUAACGUCGGGGCGUAGAUAUGCUUUCGCUUUUUUGCCAAGCGUGCUCCAUGGCAUGAGUCAGUAAAGGCCUUUCGCCCCCUCGUCAUUCAACCACAGAUCGACUAAGUUUUCGAUCUCGAAGAGCCAGCACUUCUGCCCCCAACACCCUCUCCGCAACAAGAUGACUUUCACCAAACGUCGUUUCCACCCUCCAGGCUUUAUUGCCUGUAUGGCUCUACUUUUGUUCUUGCUCUCGUCCCCACCACCCCUCGCAGCAGCCGCGAAGAAGAAAUCUUCGAAAAACAAAAAAACCGACAAACCAACUCCCGCGUCCGCCCCACCGGUGGUAAGGAAGAAGAAAAAUUAUCUGGUCCUCGGCGGGACGGGAUCCAGAUCCGCGGCCACAACCGAGUUCCUCAUUCGGCAACCGAAUGUCGACGUGGUGCUCCUCAACCGCGGCAACAUGUACUGGGACGUGGCCAAAGAGCUCAACGUCCGCGCCGCCGAGCACUGGCCGUGCGACCGGAAGAAGAAGCUGCAGAACUGCAAGCCCUUCAUGGCCAGCGACAGGAAAUUCGACGCGUGCUUGGACUUUUCCUCGCUUACUUGGGAACAGUUACAAAACGCGAAGGACUACCUACUGGACUCGCAAAAGUGCGACUUCUACCUCUUCGCUUCUUCCUACAAAGUGUAUGAGGUGUCCGGGGCGUUACCGAAACGCAUGACCAAGAAAUGGUGGAAUGACGUGGAAAACGGGAGACUGCAGGAGGACAAACACAUGCGGAGACCGAACAAAUCGGUGUCCCCACUGGAACGGCACGAGAUCAUCUCCGCGAACAAAAUUGGGAACGAUUUCUACCUAUGCACUGCAAAAAGUGUCGUAUUCGUGGGAACAAUUGCAACCACAUGCAUGACCAAUAUCUCCUCUUAGGUAAUUGAGCAUGACACAUUUCAUAGUGAGACUUUUCCACUCAGGAAAAUUUGUAAUGCAGUUUCUACGUAAUGCAAUACUUUUGUAAUGCACACUACGAAGUGGAGGAGGCACUCGAGAAAAAUUUUAUGAAGACCAACGUGCCGUACAGCGUUUUGAGAAUAGGAAACGUGAUCACCCCGAAGGAGGCGACGAUGCGGUUCUGGUUCUUGCAAUUGUGGCUACACGGGCACCAGAAUUUAGGUAUACAUAGUGUUAUUGAGGUUUUGAAUGGCUUUCCUUGAUGCUCUAGUGGAGAUGAAAAGUAGUCCGAAAGAUAUACGGGUGUGGAAGUUCUUAUUUCCAGGACCUGCAAUUUUCGACAGCCGUAGUAGUAUCGGCGGGAGAUGUUUCGGAAAGCGAUUUGUGUCCUGCUGCUACCAGGGUUAUCAAGAAUGCCGCCCGGAUUCGCGACAGCGGGAUGGACAGUUUUGGGACUUUUUUCAGGAUCUGCAAUUUUUGAGAGCCGUAGUAGCAUCGGCGGGAGAUGUUUUGGAAAGCGAUUCGUGUCCUGCUGCUACCAGCGUGAUCAAGAUUACCGCCCGGAUGCGCGACCGCGGGAUGAACAGUUUUGGGACUUUUUUCAGGAUCUAGAAUUUUUGAGAGCCGUAGUAGCAUCGGCGGGAGAUAAUUGGGAAGUGAUUUCGAUGUUUUUGUUUACGAGGUUUGUGAAGAGCUUCGUGCGGAUUCGGGACACAAAGGAGAACGGAUGUGGAAUGUUUUUCAGGAUCUGCAAUUUUUCGGAGCCGUAGUAGCAUCGGCGGGAGAUGUUUGGGAAACAGUUUCUGUGUUGCUGAUACAACUGGGCUUUCCAGCACUCCUAUGUGGAUUCGCGACAGGAGGAAUAAAACGACUUCUGGUUUUUCUUCAGAAUCUGUGACGCUUCAACCCCGUAGCUUCAGUAGCGGGAGAUGUUCGGAACAUGAUUUUCGCAUUGCUGGCAGGGGCCUCUCGCACGAAGGGCGGGGGGUUCUUCUAGUUCCGCGGAAGGGCGGGAAGAUGUAGUUCUAGUUGUGCAUAUGAUGAGCUACUUUUAUCUAGAGAUCGAAUUCAACCACAACCAUCCAACCACACUUCUUCUCCUCAGGUAUGCCCAUGCACACCACCUCGGACGCGCCGUAUCAAAAUGAAAAAUCUCCCCUCCCCACAUCAAAACGAAAUUUUUGAUGCUGGAUUUGCGUACACAAAUCAGAUUUGUCUUGCAGUAGAGGACUGCCGGCCCACUUCAUGCUAAUGCAGAGAGAGGCUUUGGCCUAGGCGCUUAGCAUGAGGAACGUCUAUGCUGUAGGACCGCCAGCAUUACAAACCGCUUGCAUCAUGGGGCGGAGCCCAUGCCGUUGUUCUCUUGCAACACAGACGCGAUUUGUGGUCACAAAUCAGCAUCACAAAUUCUCUGGGGCGUUCGUUUUCGAUAUGGGGAGGGGGGAUUUUUCCUCAUGAUACGCCGAUGAGUUUCACCUACGGCUACGACAUCGCCCAGGCAGUCGCGAAGGUGCUGAAAAAGGCCGCAAAUGCCACCGAAAUCGACGAGGUGGCGGGGGAAGCGUUCAACAUCGCGUGCGAAGAAACGAAAGACCAGUACAACCUGUACUACACCAUUGGGGACGCGAUCGGGCUGUCGCAGGUCCAACACGUGCGACGCGACAACAGAACGGAGGCGCUGACGCUGUACCCGGAAAACAAGGACGGACACGUGAUGAACAUCGAGAAAGCGAAGAGGAUCUUGGGGUUCAAACCGACGAAUCUGGAUAAGGCGGUAUAACUUGCUCUUCUGUACUACAUACAAGGUCAUUGUGCAAUCAUAAUAGCAGCAGGCGAUGGUUUUGUUGCAUACCGUAGUAAGUUCCAUGAUCGUCUUCAUUUGCAUUCUUUAUCAACCAAAAAUUCUCAAUCCUCAGAUCCGCGAAUCAGCGUUGUUCUACGAGCAGGCGUUGACAGGGGAGAGGUGGAAGAACCAGAGGAAAGUUGCUUUUAACGCGAUCGCGGAGAUGAUGAGGACGAGGAAGUUGGUGGAUUGGGUAGAGAAAAAAGUCAAAGAAAAAAAGAACAUUUACGAUGACUACGAUCCAGAAGAGUACGAAGAGUACCUGCAAGACAAAUUUAAAAGACUGGAAUUGUAAAUAAAUGACAAUCAUAAUUGUUGCUCCUGAUGUGUGAAGCGAUUGCUUUUUUGUCAAGAUCCUAGUGCCGCGUGCUGCGAGCAGCGCCACCGCUGAGUGUUCCU